AUCGAAUAUACAUGUAGUACAAGGUCCGGUUUCAGCUUUCACUGGACCGACUGACGGUCUAUAAUCUAUCUAACCCCACACAACUAAACAUCAAGGCUCUAUUGACACAGAUAUGACUACCUUGGAUUAGGGUAGUUCGACCUUACUGUUAGUUCUUCGAGCUAAACCUUAGUUAUUGUUGUACCUAGAUGCUCAAUUAGAUAACUACUCUAAGUUGGGCUCUGGUGUUCAAACGUAGUUAACAAUCCGGUGGUCUUCCACCAGUCAUCAAGACAAGACGAGACAUGGCCUGGCUAAUCUCUGCAGCCACUAUCGCUGGGCUCGGUAGUCUCUUCACGCUAGGCCAGUAUGCCGCCGACGCUCUCUUCGCAGAGACACACUGCUACCAAGGCGUCCGGACGAACGGUGCCGCCGACCAAGAUGUGAAUUGCUUCUCCGUAUCGUCAACGGGAAAAUUUUACAAGGUCUUUAGCGCGAGCAGCGACUCUAAGUGGGCGGCGAAUGCACACCCAGGAUAUGCCAUGCCCGGCCUCUGGGACGGCCAUGGGCAUUUAUUUCAGUAUGGCGAGUUCCUAAACUCAGUCAACCUCUUUGGUUCGACGACCAUGGACGAGAUCCGCGGCCGCGUCGGCAAAUACGUAGACGAACAUCCCGAGGCAGGCACUACGCAGGAAUGGAUUAGAGGUGUUGGGUGGGAUCAGAUGGCUCUUGGGGCUAUGCCGACCGCUGAUGAGUUUGCAGCGGAUGAGCGCCUCAAGGACUUGUACAUUAUGCUCGAUCGCGUAGACGUGCAUUGUAUCUGGGUAUCUCAGGCCGUUCUGGAUCUUCUACCACAAGAUAUACCUGAUAUUCCUGGAGGGGAAAUUGUGAGAAACCCGGGAAUGGGUGUUUUCUGUGACAACGCUAUGGCUCCCGUCAUGGCUCUGUGGCCAAAACCGGACAAUAAGAAGAAAUCAGCCUUCUUGAAAAGUGCAAUGAAACAACUCAACCAAUACGGUUUGGUGGGAAUGCACGAUGCCGGCGUUAGUGCGGGUAAUCUCAAUCUCUUCAAAGAGUUGGUAGGGAGCGAGGAUUGGACUGUUAGAGUCUAUGCGAUGGCAGAGUAUUACGAUCGCAAUGCAGUCUGUCCUGAUCCAGUUGAGCGAUACAAUGACUCAGAUGGGGUUUUGAACAUCCAGAGCGUCAAACUAUUCGCAGACGGUGCUCUCGGAAGCUGGGGCAGUGCAAUGAUCGAUGAUUAUUCUGACCGGCCAGGGGUCUCAGGUUCUCUGCUUGUAAAUGCCUCCGAACUGACAUACAGGGCUGUGUCUUGGGCCACGAAGGGAUUCCAGGUGAACAUUCACGCAAUCGGUGACCUCGCCAACCGCUACGCUGUCGAUGCUCAGACUGCCGCUCUGAGGCUCCUCUGCCCCUGCGAGUCUCUCGCAGACUGCCAAGCGCGCCACCGAUUUCGUAUCGAACAUUCGCAGAUUAUUCACGAAGACGACCAAGCGCGCAUGCACGCUAUUGGUAUUAUACCAUCUAUCCAGCCGACUCACGCCACUUCUGACAUGGCGUACGCUGAACAAAGACUCGGCAAGGACCGCACGCAGAAGGAAGCGUACCGGAUGCGCUCACUCCUAGAUAUCGGACCAAUACUUGGCAGUGACUUCCCCGUCGAACCAGCCGAUCCAUUCCAAGGUAUCUACGCUGCGGUGACACGAAAAAGCCCGCAUACCGGCCUCGGCGUGAACGGUGCUGUCGAUGGUUGGCAUACGGAGGAGGCGUUGACGCUUGACCAGGCGAUCCGUGGUUUCACGGAAGGGCCUGCUUACGGCGGUUUCAUGGAAGGGAAGGCGGGAGUGAUACAGGUUGGCGCGUAUGCUGACUGGAUCGUUUUGGACAAACGUCUAGAGGAUUUGGAUAUUGAGGAACUUCGCUCUCUACACGUCAAGGAGACGUGGGUUGCUGGUAAAAGGGUCUAUAACCGCGAUUAAGCGGCGCGGAUAUGCAUUCACAUUUUCAGGCGGUAUAGCGUGGCGUACGAGAGCUUUAGGAGAGGAACUAUCCGACGCCAGGGGUUUACACACAUAGUACAUAUGGCACUUGAGGCGCAUAUGAUACUUGAAGCCUAUAUAUGGUGCCUACACAUGAUGAUCGGGAAUAUCAUUGGUUGGUAGGCGAGAGCAGAAACUUGUGUCAUGCUGUAUAUGUAGGUAUGUAGUAUAAUAAUGUAGGCAAGCUUGGAGCACCACUUAGACAGAGACUUAGACGCAAUUGCUUAGCUUCUGCUGCUAUUCAAAAGACAUUCCAAGACUUUGAGGACCUGACAAGGAUAAAGCACACGGAUGCACAAGAUCAAACCUACAAAAGCCGACGGCAUAUCUACAUGUAGGUUUUAUUCCAAGGCUAAUAUUUGGAGUCAAUGGGUAAUCUUGAGGAACCUUCACUUUCGCUUGGUAUGAACCUAGCAUCCUAAGCAAUCAACCGCAAAGUACCAGGUAUAGUUUUUCAUACCACUAUUCCAUAUAUUACUAUGCGCUUUAUUUCUUCGAGACCUCCAAUAUGUCACGAAUGCCUAUAUCAAUUCGUAUAGACAUCGCGCUGGAGAGCUGGCCAUACCUAUUCCAAAGUCUAUCAUGGUGCAAUUGGAUUUAGA